AUGAGCAGCUCUAUUCGCCAGCUAAUGGUGUGCUCACCAUCGGCCAUAGCUCCUCCAGUUCUGCUCGGGGUGGAGGUUCUUUCCGUUUCCGCCAUCCUCUUCACCAACUACAGUGUUGAGGUGCCACAGAUUUACAAUUUCAAUCAUCCGGCUAUAUCGGUCAAAGAUGUGGACUUCUGCAACGUUACCGUAACCUACACCCACCCCGGUAAAAACAAUGCCAUCCACGUUGAAACUUGGCUUCCCCAGGUUUGGAAUGAACGGCUACAGGCGACAGGUGGUGCAGGGUGGACGGCAGGUCGCAAUGUCUUGUCACCUGGUCUCAUGUCCGGGGCUAUCGGCGAGGGAUAUGCCACGACGAGUACCGAUGCAGGGUUGUCUCCAGUCUGGCCCGGAGACCCUACACUCUGGGCUCUUGUGAGCCAAGGAAAUGUCAAUUCUUACGUGUUGGACACCUUCGCGUACAGAGCGCUGGAGGAACAGGCUCUCAUCGGCAAAAGCCUUGUCCGCAGUUUCUACGGUCGCGACCCAGUGUAUUCAUACUGGAGUGGAUGUUCUCAAGGUGGCCGACAAGGUCUAAUGCUGGCUCAGCGAUUUCCCACCUUGUAUGAUGGAAUUGCCGCUUCAGCGCCGGCCAUUUACUACGGUCAACUCGGUCAGUCGCAGUUCAUACCUCAGCUAAUUAUGAACGAGAUGAAAGCAUACCCUCUGGACUGCGAGAUGGACUACCUCACGCAGCAGGCUGUCGCUCACUGUGAUGCCAACGACGGUGUGGUCGACGGUAUUAUCUCAGAUGUUGCGUCAUGCGAUUUCGAUCCUAUCAGCAAGAUCGAUUCGAGCUUUCUAUGUUUCUCAACCGGGGCCAAUAUGACUGUGAGCCAAACAGCGGCCGUGGUCGCCAACGCUAGCUGGAGUGGCUAUUUCAAUAGCCAAUGGGAGCUCAUAUGGCCCAGAUGGAACUACGGGGCCAGCCUUACAGGUUUAGGCUACGCUCCUAACGAAACCAAUCAGACCGUGAACGCCCAGCGAACUCCCAAUUGGUUUGCGCAGUUAUAUCUCGAAAGGAAUGCAAGCUUUGACAGUGCAACCAUUACAAGUGAGAUGUUUGACAGAUAUUGGAAGCGGUUCAUCAAGAUCUACGACGAUACUAUUGGUACCAGUGACCCUGACCUCUCAGAUUUUAAAGCUGCGGGCGGUAAGAUGAUCACAUGGCAUGGAAUGGCCGACGAAUUGAUCCAGACCAAAGCUACGGAGCGCUACUACAAAGAAGUCAGCAACUUAUUCCCAGAUGUUCAAGACUUCUACCGUUACUUUGAAUCACCUGGGGCGGGACAUUGCGGUUAUACUGGUGUCGGUGGACAGCCAACAACAGUCUUCGACGCAUUGCGCGCGUGGGUCGAAAACGGUACGGCUCCUGAUGUUCUCCCCGUCACCUUCAACGGGACCACAAACAAUGUGUAUAAUCGAAACUUGUGUCUAUAUCCCCUGAAGCAGGUCUACAAAGGGUCAGGGGAUCCGACAAGCCCAGACAGCUUCGAUUGCGUCUAA